AAGGGGCACUAACAACCAAGUUGAACCCAGUUGCCUGUUGUGUGACUUUCCUAUGCUUUGUAGAUCUUGCUAUUGAAAUUGCUUUCUUCACAUGUUCCUACUGAUCUUGCAGACCUUUUGGAUUGCACUAAAAGCUGCCAAUAGGCUGUGAAAUGAAACUUCAUAGAGAGCUGCCAGAGUUUUAAGGCAGAUACACUAACUGGUAAACCGUGUUACUCUGUAUUCCCCAGCUUAUUCCUGUUGGAGUACAAUGAGUUACCUUGUCUUUGUAUUGUAAUUUUUUCAGUAACAUGGAUGAACCUGGGCUGUCCAUGUGCAAUAUAAAUCACUAGUUCUCCUGAUGGCUUCUUUUGGGUGGAAGAGGAAGAUUGGUGAGAAAGUCUCAAAAGCUACUUCUCAGCAGUUUGAAGCAGAAGCUGCGGAUGACGAGGAUCUGGGUGACGAUGAUGAUGCUAACUGGGUGCUCGCAGCUAAGAGAAGAAAGGAAGUUCUCUUAGAAGAUUGUGUAAGGAAAAGUAAGGAGCUCAAGGAUGAAGGUGCAAAUUUGGCUGAAAAUAGGAGGUACAGAGAGGCUCUUGUCAAGUGGGAUGAAGCACUUCAGUUAACUCCAGAGGAUGCUACACUUUAUGAGAUGAAAUCACAGGUCCUGAUGUCUUUACAUGAAAUGUUCCCAGCAGUGCAUGCAGCAGAAAUGGCUGUCCAGAGAAACCCACGUUCCUGGGAUGCCUGGCAGACUUUGGGACGUGCCCAGCUUGGAUUAGGAGAGAUAGCACUGGCAAUCCGAAGCUUCCAGGUAUCCUUACACAUCUUUCCAAUGAACCCUGAAGUAUGGAAAGAAGACCUUUCCUGGGCAAGAAAACUACAGGAACAGCAGAAGGCCACAAAGACUGAGUCAGCGCAAGCACUGGCAAAAGAGCUCGAACAAGAGUCAAUCCCAGACUAUGACUUUGAAAGUGAUGAAAUUGUGGCAGUCUGUGCUGCCAUUGCAGAGAAGGAGAAAGCUCUUUCAGCAGCUAAAACGAUGGUGAUUGUGUCUGCUUCAGGCACAGUAGAGACUGUUACUGAGCAGGACAAUUGUCCUGCAACUCCUGAUGAAACCCUUUUCAUCAGGGCCCGGUAGGGCAGCCUCAUGAGUUGUCGUACUCAUAGUUUUAAGAACUGCUGUUAUUUAUUGUAUUUUGCUUGCUUUGUGCUUGUUCUUUUUCUGUUAAAUGGUAGGAUAGCCUACAAAAGUUAAAGAAUUUAAGUUUUCUUUCCUUAAUUAAUAAAGCAAUGAUCUGGGUUGUAGUUCCAUUCGUUUUUGUCAAAAAGAAAGCCAAGUGUUGAUUCUAAAAAUUCUAUGUUGAAAUGCUUAACUGCAUUCUAACAGCUGCUUCAUCUUUGUGUAUUUCAUAAUUUUUCAAGUUAGUGUGUACAUUUUCCCAGUAAUUAGGAAAGUUUUAUUGAAACUGUAAAAGUGCUGUGGUUUAUCCCCAGCUGGCAACUCAGCCCCAAACAGCUGAAUGCUUCCUGGUGGAAUGGGGGGGAGAAUUGGAAGAGUAAAAGUGAAAGAACUUGUGGGCUGAGAUGGAGACAGCCUAAUAGGGAAAGCAAAAGCUGCACAUGCAAGCAAAGCAAAACAAGGGAUUCACCCACCAGUUCCCAUGGGCAGGCAGGUGUUCAGGCAUCCCCAGGAAAGCAAGGCUACAUCACGUGUGACUUGGGAAGACACUCAGAAUGUCCUCCCUUCCCCUACCUCCUUCUUUCCCCAGUUCUGUGUGUUGUGCUGUGAGAUUGAAUAUCCCUGUUGUCAGUUGGGGUCACCUGUUCUGGCUUGUCUUCUCCCGGCUUCUUGUGCACCCCCAGUCUUCUCACUAGUGGGGUGGGAUGAGGAGCAGAAAAAGGUCUUGACCCUGUGCAAGCGCUGCUCAGCAGUAAUAAAAACAACUGUGUGUUACCAAUAUUUGCCAGCACAAAAUCAAAACCUAGCCCCCUACUUGCAACUCUGAAGAAAAUUAACUCUAUACCAGCCAAAAGCAUCACAAAAAGAAAAAGGGGCAUUUAAAAAUUAUUUCAAUCACUAUUAAUUAGCAUUAUUUUUCUUCCAGUAAAAGUGUGAACUGUUUUCUGUUAUUGGCAGUCUUUGUUUUCAUUAAGGUUACUUGUUCUAUGAGAAAGUUUCCUAUGAAGCAGGGAUGGGUAAUUAUUUCUUAUGUCUGUGUGUGACAGAUCUGAUUUGUACCCAAAUCAAGUAGAAGCCUUUAUGUUGUUUUCCUCAGUGAGUGGGUUAAACACUUCUGAUUAGAUUAAAGGAAAUGCUUUACCAACCAAAGCCCUGAAUGCUUAGUUACAGCUGAAUGUUUCACUGGAAGAAAGAACACUGUGACUGAAACUGGUUUUUCCUUAUCUUGUGUGCUGUGCUACAGACAUCACCAAAAGUAGUAUGGUGGGAGUAGGAAAUAUGGCUGAAUUGUAUUGUAUUUGGGGCUUUUCUUUCCUAAUGAGGCUAAUCUGAUAAAGGCAGUCAAUUUGCUUUUCCUAAUUCUUAUGACCUGCCAUUAACAGUAUGCUCUUAGGGAAAAAACCAGUUUUCCAGGACAGCGUUGCUGGAGUCUUCCUUUUUAUCCUUUUUGGAUUUUGGAUGCAGUGUUGGGUGAUGAGGCAUACCCUAGGAAAUUUUUUUAAUGUUGAUUUUUUUUUUUUUUUGGGGGGAAGGUGGCAUUGGUUCCUCACACAGGCAGUUCAGACAUGCAAUCAGGCUGUUUCUUUGAUGUGCUCUGUGCUGAGACUGUUCUCAUUUAACUGUCUGGGAGACAUGGUAGAGAUGAUCACAUCCUAACAGUACUGGAAAAAAUGGUCAGCUGAGGAAUUCCUGAACAAUUCAUUUUGGGAACACGUAAUUUUUACUUGAUUUUGAUAAAAUUUUGUAUGAUAAUAGAUAGUUGUGUAGACAAGUGAAACUUCUGACAUCAGUCAUCUUUGCACUUUUCAAGUUUGAUUUCUAAUUUCAAAAUAGUGCAUUUUAAAAGAAAAUAAUGUUGCUUGAGAAGUAUAGUGGUUUUGCAGUGGAAAAUGCAUUGCAGAAAAACUAUCUCAAAUCAUACUUUCUGUUUAUCUGAUAUCAGAGUAUCUUUUUUUAAGAGGGUACGUACAGUUUUUUAAAAAGACUUAAUUGCCCUGUUGUACUCAAGUUUUAAUUAAUUUUUGCAAUAUUCUCCCUAAAUGUUUUUUGUAUUUGUGAAUUUUUAGAUCUGUGCUUGCAUGAGCACACAUUCACACAAAAUCACACCUUUUACUAUCUUCUGAGUAUUCAAAAUAAUUAGAACUAGAGUGGCAUAAAUAUAUUGAGAAAUGUAAAACAUCAUCAUGCUGCAUUUUUAUUUCUUCAUGAAGUUCAGAACGAUUUUAAAUGCUUAAUGGAUAGGCACUUGAUUAAGAUAUGAUUUGAUAGUUUAAAUUAUUAGAGUUGAAGGAUUUCUCAGUCUUUCUCCUAUCAACUUAAUACAAUCUAGUCAGCCGUGGGAAGAGUUAACGUGAGAGGGAUUUGGACAGAUUUCUUCAAAGAAGAGAUCUCUGGCUGGAAAAGGAGAUGUGUGAGAUGCUCUAGCGUGUGUUUUCAUUCUGAAGGAGCUUGGCUGUAUCCACCUCAUCUUUCUUUGCACUUUGUACUUGCGUCAGUGUUCUGUCUUUACUCAUACAGAAAGGACUGCUGCCCUUCUCUCAGAGGCCUGGGUUAUCACAGAAUCUGUUUCCACUGAAAUGAUUCACAAAGUUCCUAUUGACUUCAGCACUGCAGGGCCAGAAUGCUGGAGGGGUGUACAUCUGCACCAUCAGGCUGUGCCAGGCUCGAGGGGUGGUGGUUUCCAUCUCAUAUACUGUGUUUUCCUUCUGAUUAGAUUAGGUUAUGAAUUCUCUGUAUUGUCCGAACUGUAGUGUUUUGUAGAGCAGUUCCUGGGACACUCUUUUCAAACUGGAGAGAAGUUAAAAUAUUGAUGAUUUCAACAUUGUUUUUGUACGGAAUGCCAUGUUUUGCAUGUGUGUAAUUUUCUGGAUCAGUCUGCAGUUUGAAUAAAAUACUGACUUUGCUGCU